GGCCACGGGUGGAGGGAAAAUUAGAAGCAGGAGAUAUCACAUUACUUCUAAACCUUACGCCAAGAGUAAACAGCAGUCAGGCCUCAUCAGUCGAGUGACGGACACGGUGAAGAGCAUCGUUCCUUCCUGGCUGCAGAAAUACUUUAAAAACGGAGAAGCUGCUGAAGAAGGAGAGGCAGGACCAGGGACAGAUCAUAACUGCCAGCCUCUGCCGCCACCGCCUCCUCCUCCUCCUAAUGGCAAUGAAGAGGGACCUCCUCCCCUUGAUGGAAGAGAUUCCCCCGAGCCAAGCACCAGUAACACAGAACCCUCAACUAGUCGUGCGUCCCUGAACUUUCAGGACUACGUGCUUUCUCGCCCUCCAUUGAGUCGCACCCACCUCCACUUCAACCCCCUGGAUGCCUCCUCCCCAACACUGGGAGCCUCCAGCAACCUCUUCUCCCAGCCCUCCACCUCCUCAGCCCCCGGCCCCUUCUCCACGGGCUUCUCUUUGGUCAAGGAAAUCAAGGACAACCUCUCACAACACGAAGACGAUAACGUCUCCACCACCAGUGGGUUCUCGUCCCGUGCAUCUGACAAGGAUGUCCCCACUUCCAAAACCGCAUCACUUCCUCAGCUUUGGUCCCCAGAGAUGGACAGAACAAACUCUGGACCGCAGCCGUCUCAAUCCAGUUUGAAAAAGCCCUCUUUCAACCUGUCAGUCUUUGGAAACACCUCCAAUUCAACAUUGAACAGCACAAUGCUGAACUCAAGCCAGCUUGGUGAUUCACCCUUCUAUCCUGGGAAAACCACAUAUGGUGGAGCGUCUGCAGUCAGGAGCUCCCGCAAUCAUCCUGGAACACCUUAUCAGGCUCCAGUAAGAAGACAGAUCAAGGCCAAGCCUGCUGGUGCUCAGCCCUGUGGUGUGACCAGUGCCACCGCCAGACGCAUCCUGCAGUCCUUAGAGCGCAUGUCAAGCCCACUAGCUGAUGCAAAGAGAAUCCCAGCAGCAGCUUCACCCAGCUUCUCACCUGUGCGAGAUGGCACAAAUCUUGAUGCUUCGGAUCUACCAUCAAAAAAGAAACGGAUGGAGUCGAGUAGCCCACCUGUGAAGAAACUCGUGAUUCCAGAAGCAGCCUCUGUUUCAGGAAGCCGCUCCGUGUCUUUUAGGCCGACUUUGACUCCUGGAGGACUCGGCCGAUCUCUGGACAGGACUGCAAAAGAGAAGACGCUGUCAAGACAAUCACCUCAACUACCUGAAGCAASCCCAGGUCCAUCUCAUAGCACAAGGAUUUGUAGUGACCCCACCUACCCUCUGUCCAGCACCCCUGCACCCAGCAGCAUGAGCUCUGGCGGGGGCAAAAUCAAAAGAGACAGAACCACAGCACGGCCUUCCUCUAAACGCCCUGAAGAUGACGAGGUGGUCGAGGUACCAGUCCUCCCAAGCAUUUCACUCCCCAUCAGCACAUCAUCCUUACCAACGUUCAGCUUCACUACAUUGCUACCUUCCACCACCUCCGUUAGCUCCGCCCCCACCAUCCCAGCUGUUACUCCAGCAAAGGAAACGGUCAUAAAUAAGACGGAUCCACCAAAGUCCUCAACGCCACCCUGUGUACCUUUUACAUUUUCCUCUCCUAUCGUCAAAGACACCGCUGCCAGCCCGCCUUCCUAUUCCCCUUCUACUGGAUUUACUUUCAGUGCACCUGUAGCAAAACUGGCUCCUUCCAUGUCAAAUGGAAAGCUAACCACACCCACAGCAGCAGUGAAACCAGUUAAGAGCACAGAAGAAUUUGAAGGACCUUUUAAACCGGCCAAGACCCUGAAGCAAGGCAGUGUGCUGGAUCUUCUCAAAUCUCCUGGUUUUGCCUCUCCUGGUACUCAGAGCUCCUCAGGCACCAGUGUUCCUCCCCAACAAAAAUCCACACAGUCCACAGCCCCCCUCUUAACCGGCACAAGCUCCUCCUCCUCCCUCCCUUCAUCAGCGGGGUUCGGCAGUUUGUUUAAAGCUCCUCCGGGUUGGAGCUGCGACGUGUGCUUAGUUCAGAACAAGCAGUCCGACACAAAGUGCGUCUGCUGCAGGGCUUCGAAACCGAAUCCCUCGCCUAAAUCUGUGGAGAACAAACCGUCGCCCUCCAACUCUGUGGGGCCAGAGAGCACCACCUCCACCUCCACAACAGGUUUUGGUCCGAUAUUUUCUAAACCCGCAGGAACCUGGGACUGUGACACGUGUCUGGUUUCAAACAAGCCUGAUGCCGGGAAGUGCGUGGCCUGCGAAACGGCCAAACCUGGGACGGGGCUCAAACCCUCACUUACAUUUCCCUCUGCCUUCUCAACUGUUCAGACUGCAUCCACGCCCACAGACCCCGUCUCCACUGGCAUCAGUGGAUUUGGAGAUAAAUUCAAAAAACCUGAGGGUGCAUGGGAAUGUGACACAUGUAUGGUACAAAACAAGGCGGAGGACACUAAAUGUGUGGCCUGCACAGCUGCUAAACCAGGAGCUUCAGGAGGAGAAACCACGUCCUCGACCAGCAGUGCCCCAGUGUUUGAACUGGGAGACAAGUUCAAGAAACCAGAAGGGUCCUGGGAGUGCGAUGUCUGUCUGGUGCAAAACAAGGCUGCUGAUGCUCAGUGUGUUGCCUGUCAGGCUGCAAAACCUGGAGCCAAAGUGGAGCCCAAAGCUUUUGGCUCUUUCGGCUCCUCUGCUGGUGGGACUACUGGAGCAUCAACAUUUGCCUCUGGAGGAUUUAAGUUUGGCACAUUGGACAAUACUUCUGAGUCUGCAGGUUUCAAGUUUGGGACUACAGAGUCGUCGUCAUCUUCUUCAGGUGGAUUUAAAUUUGGAGUCCAGUUUGGAAGCUCUUCAUCAGAAUCCUCUUCUAAAGACACUGCUGCCUCAUCAGGGUAUAAAUUCGGCAGCUCCUCUGAGGGCUUUAAGUUCGGAGCUGCUUCUGAUGAAGAUAAAAAGUCGGCGCAGCCCGCUUCAGGUUCUGGGUUCAAAUUUGGAGUCAGCAGUGGGGCAACGUUUGGGACUGGGUCAUCUAGCACAGAAAGCAAUUCAUCUAAAAGUGGCUUCACCUUUGGACUGUCAAAGCCUGUGGAGAAGACACCAGAACCCACCACAGCCUCUUCUUCUUCUGUUUCUAGUACUCCUCUGUUCUCCUCGCAAGAAAAAACUGACAAAGCAGAAGCUUCGUUUAUCACAUCAACAAACACCAACCCAACCACCACCACAACCGUCAAAACAGGGUCUGUAUUUGGGAGACUGGGUGAGCCGAGCUCGGUGUCCGGCGCUCCGAAAGCGAGCUCUACGUUUGGAUCUUUACCGGCAGGGAAGGAGCCAGCUGCUCCCACAUUUACCUUUGGGAACCCUGAGGAAAAGAAGGAAGCCUCCUCCUCCUCCUCAGCCACAUCAAGCUUCAUCUUUGGUGCUGCUGGUAAGGAUGGAGAUUCUGCAGCUGCUACAGGAGGCUUUUCUUUUGGGAAACCCAGUGCUCCAACAGAACAACCUCCACCAACUUUUGCUUUUGGCAAGCCUGUGGAGAAACCUGAAGCAUCCACUUCAGAGACCCAAAAGCCUGCCUUCACUUUUGGACAAACUGCUGCAGAUUCUACUGCUGCUGCUCCGAAGCCARCCUUUAACUUCAUGGUUAACAAUCCAGCCAACACCACCACCUCCACCACCUCAUCCACCACUACUCCCAGUUUGUUCGGCACCGCCAGCAUCAGCAGUAGCAGCUCCACACCAGCCCCAGCUGCGUCUGCGGCUCCCAGCACGUUCGUCUUCGGUCAGCCCUCCGUGACCACCGGUGACGCCGCCCCUGCGAAAGCCUUCAUGUUCGGACAGAACCAGGACGGCCAGGCCUCGGCUCCGUCCAGCGCUCCUCUGAAUUCAGCCUCGGCGCCGGCUCAGCCCUUCAUCUUCGGCGCUGCUGCCAACGCUGCUGCUCCCUCUUUUAACUUCGGAGCAACGGCGCCYUCUGCUGCCUCGUCAUCAGCUCCUUCAGCAGCUUCCUCCCCGUUUGUGUUCAGUUCAGCUCCUUCUGGGGGUUUCGGUGCUAACCAGACCUCUACAUUUGGUUCAUCAUUCACGUCCCCUUUUCCAGCCACGGCUUCCCAAACCCCCUCUUUUGGAGCCAAACCCAACGCUGCGCCCAUUUUUGGACAACAGACCAACUCCACUCCUGUAUUUGGAGCGUCUGUUAAUUCUGCAUCAGGUGGAGGAUUUCAGUUUGGAGGCACGAGUGCGUUUGCAGCCACAAAUAACACCACCAGCGCAGGAGUUUUCACUUUUGGAGCAGGAGCUGCAGCCUCACCUGCCCCUGCCACCAAUUCCUCCAUGGCCUCCCAGUCAGGAGCAGCUGCUGGUGGAUUCAACUUUAAUCAACCACCAACAUUUAACAUAGGGUCGGCCAAAUCCUUCACUGCCCCUCCAGCCGGACCGUCACCAAUUGCUGGACGCAAGAUCAAGACUGCAGUUCGACGCAGGAAGUAGACCUGCGUGUCUAGUCAAGGCCAGGGUGGACUUGACUUCGACUCGACUGCGUCCCCAGCUGAAGAUUCAUAAAAAUUCGCUGAGGUCUUUACUGAACAACYACGGACGUUGCUUGGUGUGUGGAGAGGAAAGGCCAAAGCUCGUCACAGUUCUGCAUUUGUGUUUGCAGCGGGUGGAUUCUAGCUCGUGGCUCGGCUGGUCGUUGAAAAGAUUUUGUGUGUUUUGAGCGUUAUCAGCRUAUGAGACCCGAGGACUUCACUUAAGCAAAAACUCUUGACUCAAAUGUCAUUACCCAAACUUAAGCAGCGAGCCCGCUCUCAACAGAAAACAAGCAAAACAGUCAUAUCUUUAUUUCACACACCUGCAUAUGUCUGCUAAACUUUAGGCCUGACUUUUUGUAACAAAACUACAAAGAUAAAAACUGCAAGUGGGGGAAAAAGUUUGAGUGUAUACUUUAUUAAUUAGAAUGGAUGAUCAAGAAUAUGAGCUGUGAAUUGGAGUAGUGAGCUGUGUGGUAAAUCUCCAGUGGUUAUCCAGCAGAAUAUUUAGAUCGCUCAUAGGAUCCACUGGAAAUGUAGCCAAUGUGUCGGUGCAGUGUGCUGUAUGUACAGGGAUGGACGUGUUUGAAUGCAGAGCGCUUGUCUUUUUUUUUUCUUCUCUCCUUCCCUCUCUUCUGUACAGACUCGAGGUGUGAUUGGUUUCUUUGUACAUGCUGAGGAUGUGUGUCGGUGUGUGUUUAAAUUUCGAAACGGCAGAGAUAUUGCCUGGCGACGUCACAGGCGAGCAAGCAAAUGAAUGUUUAAAUACAAAACCAGGGAAWGAAGGAAGGGGGGCAGGGUUUGGGAGCUGGGAAGAUGCAUUCAUGCACUGUGGGGGGUGGGUCACACCAGAGGCUUAACGUCCCUCCUUCCACUCCUUUAGGUCUUUGUAAAUGCAUAGGUUCAAUUCUUAUUCGAUGUUUGGUUUUUCUCUGGUUAGCUCCACAACUCUGCUUUUUGUGCCCUCUCGUCUUUCUCAACCCCCCUUCCUCUUCCUGAUUCCUUAUUCUUUCCCUUUAUCUCUCAAACCUCUCAUCCUUUCUUUCACUCUCUUAAUUGGCCUUUGAUUAUAUAAAAAAAAACUUGUAAAUAGUGAUAUUUUUUUUAAUCUGUGAAGUUUAAUAUUUUUUUUUGUGUUACAAACUCUGCAUUCAGCUUUUGUCUUUAGAAUUUAUUAUGUAAAUUCCUGUAUUCAAAGUUGCCCGAAUCCAUUUAAAAAAAAAAAAGCUUAAAUGCAAAUUGGAGAACCUUUUAGUUAAAGGUAUAUUGGCUUUUCUGAUCCACUUUUGUUUGGACCAAAACCAGUAUUGUACAAAGUAUUAAUAUAUAUUUUUCUAUUGCGUGUUUAAAUGGACGAGGGUGACUUUGGAUGAAAGGGACGUCAGUUUAUUUUAAAGCCAUGAUUAUUUACUGGAUGAGUGAAAAUUAAAAUUACCAUCAAUAAAACUUAUUAAAAAAUGUG